AGGGUGCCCACUCAGUGUUUGGGGGGCAGCAGACAUGACUGCCUGCCAUAUGCAGAGCCCGAAGGCCAGCAGGGAAAACAACCUGCUCUAAGUGGCUGUUCAGCUGCCCCAGGCCCCCUGCUUAACUCACUGGCCACCCAUGAGCUCUGGGGAGCAGGGAGAGUGUGUCCAUCCACAUCCUUGAGAGCACCUGUGACAAGGUGUGUCCUCGGGUGUGUGUGUGUGUGUGUGUGUGUGUGUGUGUGUGUGUGUGUGCACGCAGUGCGCCCGGAUGUAUCUGAGUGCCUGCUUACACCCUGCCUGAAUGUGGUAUGAGCCUCAUGGGCACGUAUGCCCAGGGCCCCAUGUAUUUUGCUGGUCCACUCUGUUCCGAAUUGGCUCAGCCAUGCAGAGGUUGUCCCCCAGGCCCUGAGGGAGGGCUUAUGUAGAGCCUCACACGCAUGUGUGCCCACACUCUCCUUGCACCCCACGCAGGCGCGCGCCGGGGUGGUGGACAGCCAGGUGGUGGCCCAGAUGGAGUGCAGAGCUGCUCCUGAGUGAAUGUGAGGGGCAUGGGGAGAGGAGGGUCUUGGCCGAGCUUGGCCGCUGAAGGCUCAGCUGUUGACCUGCCUGAAGCCACCCAGAUGGAGCCAGGCUGAGCAGGUGGCUGUGCUGUGGGGUCAUGCUGUGAUGUCCACACCCCCCAGCCUGGCCUGGUCCCCUGUGAGGCUGACCCCCUGAGAUCUUCAGUACCCAGCCGACACCCUGCUGGAGCAGGAAAACACACACACACACACACACACACACACACACACACACACACACGGUGUUAACCAGGCUCUCAGAGCCUUCUGUCCAGUUUCUUAUUUCAGCAGCUUUUGUCUCGAUUUCCCCACACAGGCAGAGGUCCCUGGAGGGGUGUAAGACAAGGACAGGCUGAGGACCCCCAGGAACGGGCCUGGUCAUAUUUGACUUCUUCCCGUCACUCACCAAAUGCCCGUUGGGUAGACAGAAACUCUGGCUCUGCCAGCGUGAGAGACGGGCCUGGAUGGAAUCACCCCAGAACUGCGCCUGCUGGGGGCUGGCUGGGCCUGGGAGAUAAAUUCUAGGAGGCCUAGUGAAACUCAAAUUUCUGAUAAACAACAAAGACAUUGUUAGUGUACGUUCCAAAUAGUGGCUAGAGCAUACCUAUAGUAAACAAGUAUUUGCUGUUUAUCCGAGUCAGGUGUAACUGGACGUCCUGCAUUUUUAUCAGCGAUACCUAGAAGUAUAUAUGGAGAGGAAUUGAACAGAGAGGAACUCCAUGGUUCCAGGCCGGGGGGGCUGCAUGUGCAAAGGCCAGGGAGGCCUAGGCUGCAGGGUGGAGGCGGUCCCAUGGCCGGCUCUUACCCCUGGAGCUCUGGGAACUGACAGAGGCUCUGACUGAGCCCCCCUUGUCUGCAGGUGGCCAUGGUGCCAGGGCCUAUCCUCUAGCAGGCCGCCAUGUCCCGAGAGACAGGGUCAUGCCGCCUAGGCCCUGGGGCGCGGGCACGGGCCCGGAAGCCCAAGAAGCCGCACUACAUCCCGCGGCCUUGGGGCAAGCCCUACAACUAUAAGUGCUUCCAGUGCCCGUUCACCUGCCUAGAGAAGUCACACCUGUACAACCACAUGAAGUACAGCCUCUGCAAGGACUCCCUCUCGCUGCUGCUCGAUUCCCCGGACUGGGCGUGCCGCCGUGCCCCAGCUGCACCCCGGGCCCGGGAGCUCACCGACGACAGCCCCUCUGACUCCACGGAUCCUGGCAGCCUUCCCCGAAGAGCUCUGGCUGCCUCGGCUACACCUGACCUUCUUGUCACUGAUGUCCUCUCCCUGCACCGCAGUGUCAGGGGCUCUAAGCUGGGGGCUGAGGGGUCCCCAGGAACACUACCCCCUACGGGCAGGGAUGCCCAGAAGGGUGCGGGCCUCGGCGGGCUCCUGGCAGAGUCGUGGAAGCCUGGGCUGGGCAGGGGCCCGAGGAGCAUGGUUGUGGACUCAGCUACAGCAGGCCCUGAGAGCGGCGUCCCCUGCUACCCUCCGCCCACCUCCAGCGAGUUUCCAGAAGCCCAGAGCCUCCAGCUGUCCCUGCUGGGUGUCAACUACCCUCUGGGCCCCAGCCUCUUUUCCUACUUGGGGCCCUCCCUGGCCGCUGCAGCCCACAUGCCCUUCCUGGCCUCGGCCAGCCCCCUGCUGCCCCCAGCUGCUGCUUUCCCUGCCCCACAGCCCCCUGAGCGCCCCGCCACUGUCCCUCGCCUGUACUACCCUCUGCUCCUGGAACAUAGCCUGGGGCUGCCGGCAGGCAAGGCUGCCCCUGCCAAGCCCCCCACCCCUCCCAAGGGGCCCCCGGGGACUCUUGCCCCUGGGCUGCUGAAGAUGCCAGUACCUGGGCUGGGUGGGUGGCCUUGUGGCGCCCCCAGGGACCCAGGGCAAGAGGGAGGGCUGGAGCUGGCUGCCCAGAGUGACACCAAGAGGAAGCUGCCCCUGGCGAGCAGGCUGGAGCCCUCGAAGGCCCCCUCCAGCAUGGCCAAACUUGGUUCCCAGAGCAGCCUGUGGACUGGCCCCUCCAUGACGCUCUGGCCUGAGGACAAGGAGCCAGGUGAACCCGAGACGUUGGGCCCUAUGUCUCCAUUGCCCCAGCAGCCAUCUGGCCUGGUGCUGGGGGGCCCUGGGCAUGUGGGUGAGGACCUGACACGGGCCCUCGGCGACUACGUUAGGGUGGAGCAGCGCCUGGGGCAGCUAGCACCUGCCAGGGGCCUGGCUCCACGGCCUCUGCGGGAGCAGCUGGGCAAGAUUCGCCAAGAGCUGCUCACCAUUCACCAGGCACUGGAGUGGGCUGUGAGGCCCCCAGACGUCCCCCUUGAUCUCUCUGUGAAACGGGCACCCUCCAAGGUGCCCUCAGUGCCCUCGGGGACCUGGGGGCAGCCAGAGCUCAGCCCCACGCUUGCCCAGGGGACCCCUGAGCCACCCAGAAUGAUGGGCCCCACAGUAGCUGAGCCUUUCUCUGGCCAUACCACCAAGUGUGAGGCUGACUCCAGUGUCCCACCCCCGGCUCUCCCACUCCAAGCCCCAGAUGAGCCUGUCAUUCCUGGUAGUAGCUGGGGCCCCCGAGGCAGGGCUGGCGGCUCCUGGCCUCCUGAGGCUGCCCCUGGCCUGCAGAGCUCCUCAGGUGCUGAGGUCUGACCAUAGCUCCUGCAGCCACCUCUGUCCUUAAAAGACAGGGGCCCUUCCCCAAUCCCGUGCCCGUUGCCCGGCCCCCCGCCUGCCUCAGCCCCGGGGGUGAGGCCUGGAGCCUGCCCAGCAUGCCCGUGGAUGGACCCCACCCACCAUGGCCGUGGCCUGUCUCUGGGGCCACACAGGGACAGCAGAGGGUCACGGCUUUUUAUUGAUUACAGUUGUGGACAUUAA